AUGGCUACCUCCCCUGGCGAGGGCACCGGGUGGUCCAAGGCCUCAGUCACCAUCGACAUCCCCACUGGCGAGAAACUUACCAAGGCAACAGAACGCCAGCGGAACAACGAUCGACAAACUGCGCGGCGUUAUGGAGAGGAGGACCCUGACGCCCCUCCUCCGGGCACAUUCCGUUUCACCGUACCGAACUUCCAUCACCGUAGCCUAUGUACCAUCAUCCGAGAGGUUUUUACACAGACUCCGUCCAAGUCUUUCCAUUAUCACCCAUUCAAACUCUUCCAUCAAUCCAGCCCUGAACGGCCUCCUGAACGCGUUUAUCAAGACGCUUUCACUGCUGACGCCUUCCUCGAUGCUGAUCGCAAACUCCAGGAAUCACUGCCAGAGCCUGGGUGCAGUCUUCCCCGUGCCGUGGCUGGCAUCAUGCUAUGGUCGGACGCUACUCAUGUUGCACAGUUUGGUCAAGCCAAAUUGUGGCCUAUCUACGUCUACUUUGCUAAUCAGUGCAAGUACGAGCGCGGGCGGCCGUCCUCGCAUGCUGCACGAUGUGUGGCCUAUCUGCCUUCCCUACCUGACUCUAUCACGGACCAUAUCCGAAACCAAGGCCGUUCAGCUUCAGCCCCUCUCCUAGCACACUGCCGCCGGGAGCUCUUCCAUGCCUCAUGGGGUCUCAUUCUCAAUGACGAGUUUUUGCACGCAUAUGAACAUGGUAUUGUGGUGCAAUGCAGCGAUGGUCAAUGGCGCCGGCUCUACCCACGCAUUUUCACAUACUCGGCAGAUUAUCCUGAAAAAGUACUGAUUGCCACAGUUCGGGACUUCGGUGGCUGUCCAUGUCCAUUCUGUACUAUGCCAAAGGACCAUAUACCCCGCUUAGGAACCAAACGUGAUUGGGUUGAGCGUGCUGAAGGGGCACGGAUUGAUGACUCCGAGCGUCAGUCCAAGGUGCAGCAAGCCCGGGACUUGAUAUAUCGGCGAGGUCUUGCAUUGGGCAAUACUCAGGUUGAGGAUUACCUCAAGCCGCAGUCAUGGGUGCCAACUACAAACGCGUUUUCUCGCCUCUCGUCAUUCGGAUUCAACUACUUCAACAUGCUGGUUGUCGACCAGAUGCAUGAGUUUGAGCUAGGUGUAUGGAAGGCUCUCCUCACACAUUUAGUUCGCAUCAUCCAUCAGUUGGGUAGUUCUGUCGUCGACACAUUCAAUGAGAGGUGUGUAGAAUAUGUGUUAAUUCAUGGGUCAGCAGUGGCUGAUAAUUAA